UUCAGCUGACGUUACGUUAACUAGCUAACGUUACGUCUAGCAAUCAAGCAAGCCAGCUAGCAAACGUUAGCAGGAUAUCAAGCAGGCCAACUUUGCUAUCUCUAGCUAGCUAAUCGCAUUAGCUAAAGAAAACUGGUUGAAUCCACAUCAUUUCAACAACAAAAAAUCUAUGUAAUGACGUUGAAUCAACGUAGAAAACUGAUUAGAUUUGCAAAAAGUAUAACAUUGAAGGGAAUUUCGUAUUUUUUCCUAAAUCCUAUGAUAUAACGUUAGUGACCUGUUUUGUCGAAUUCACAUUAGUUGACAAUUCAACGAAAUGUAAAUCAACACUAAGUUAGACGUGGAAAUGACGUCUGUGCCCAGUGGCUCUGAGAGCAGUAAAUGGUUAGAUGCACACUACGAUCCAGUGGCCAAUCUCUAUACUUUUUCAUCUUGCAUUGCUCUUGCAGACCUGCAUGGGGAUGGUGAGAAUAAGUUGGUGGUGGGGGACCUGGGAACUGGUUCAUGCAACAUGAAGCUGAAGGUGUACCGUGGAACUGGCCUGAUGAGUGAGAACACAUUGCUCGAUCUGCCCACUGGCUUGGUUUCUUUCCUCAUGGACCAGCAUGAGCCACGCACGCCUGCCAUCGCUGUGGCUUCCGGCCCCUUCAUCUAUGUCUAUAAAAACCUGCGGCCCUAUUUCAAGUUCACUCUCCCUCCAUUAGAGGUCAAUGCCCUGGAACAGGACGUCUGGAACCAGGCAAGGGAGGACAUGAUUGACCCAUUGAGCUUGAAGGAAAUGUUGGAGGGCAUCCGAGACAAAGCUGAUGUUCCACUCUCCGUCAGAUCUUUGAGGUUCCUCAUGUUGGACCCACAAGACACGGAGGCUUUUGUGAACCUUCAUAAGGCGCAACCAAUACAAAGACAGACUGUUAUUACAUGCAUCGGCACCCUGAAGAAGAACAUGGCUGAUGAGGAUGCAGUCAGCUGUCUGGUUAUUGGCACUGAGAGUAAAGAUGUCUAUAUCCUGGACCCUGAGGCCUUCACCAUCCUCUCCAAGAUGUCCGUCCCCAGUGCUCCCACUCAAAUGGAUGUGACUGGUCAGUUUGAUGUGGAGUUCCGGAUCACUGUGGCCUGUCGCAAUGGGAAUAUCUACAUCCUCCGCAGAGACUCCCCCAAGCCUAAGUACUGUAUUGAGCUGUCUUCUCACCCUGUGGGGCUGGUGAGGAUGGGGAAGAGUGUGGUGGUGGGAUGUGCCCAGGAGACACUGCAGGGCUUCACACAGAAGGGGAAGAAGCUGUGGACGGCUUGCCUGCCAGCCCCUGUCACUACCAUGGGCGUGAUGGACCUCCCCACCAGGGGCUUCCAGGCAGUGUUAGUGGGCCUGGCUAACUGUGAGGUCCACCUCUACAGAGACAAAAACCUCAUCAGCACCAUCAAGACUCCGGAUGUAGUGACCAGCAUUUGUUUUGGGAGAUAUGGACGAGAAGACGGAACCCUUAUAAUGACCACCAAAGGAGGUGGUCUGAUAGUAAAGAUCCUGAAGAGGACAGCUGUGUUUGAUGACAGGGACUCUGCCCCAGGCCCCCCUCUGGCACAAAGCAUCCGUCUCAAUAUCCCCAAGAAGACCAAGCUGUACGUGGACCAAACCAUGAGGGAACGAGAGAAUGCUGUGGCAAUGCACAGGGCCUUCCAGAUGGACCUGAGUCGUCUGCGUCUGGCUGCAGCGAGGGCAUACGUUAAAGCCCUGGAGUCCAGCCUUACACCCAUGUCCUCCAGCCUGUCUGAGCCUCUCAAGAUGAACGCAGUGGUGCAGGGCCUGGGCCCGUCCUUCAAGCUAACUCUGAAUAUCCAGAACACAGCCGCAUGCCGCCCUGUCAUGAACUUGGCCAUCAGCUUUCUGUAUGACGAGAGCCUGUAUAGUAUGAAGACAGCCUUCUUCAAGAUCCCCCUACUGGUUCCUGGGCUCAACUAUCCUAUUGACACAUUUGUGGAGUGCCUGAGUGAUAAAGGAAUCUCUGACAUCAUUAAAGUGUUUGUUCUGCGAGAGGGCAAGAGUGCACCCCUGCUGACUGCACAUAUCAACAUGCCCGUCAGUGAGGGACUGGCACUCAACUGAGAGAGGGAGAGAGAGCGAGCAGCAUCUUUAGGCCCUGGGCUGGCCUCUAUGCUCUCACCCUGUGCUUCUACCGCCCUCUAGUGGCAGGGCUGACUCGAGGCGACUGGGACGUUAACAGGAUCAGCUUGUGUUGGCCCCAGAGGUGGUUAAAAGCCAUCUGUAGCAUAUGUACGGUAGGACAGGAAGUAGGGCUAUUUGUCCUUAGAGGGAACUCCAUAGAGAGAAAUGGGUCUACGAUUGUAUCACAGGAUUUAAAAUCCAAACAUAAGUGAAAUGGUAAGCUGUGUGUUGGUGGAUAGAGAUGUCAGGACAAUUAUGGUAGUUAUGAAUACAAGUGUAUAAAGUCAUUAUAUAUAAAUCAGCAUUAUUUAUUGCUCUUUAAAGUUUGUUAAAUAAUUGCCAGAAAAAAAAACAGAUGUGCUGCUAAUUUGUUAAUGUUCAGAUUAUGACAUGUUCAGAGAACAGAUGUUCAGAGAAUUCAUUGCACUUUAUUUUCAAAAAUGAAAGAUAACAAAAAUCCAUACAUUCCUGAGAAGUGCAGCAGUAUCCAGAAAGAGUUGGCUUUUCAAACACUUUAAAUGUAUUUAAUAAAACCUUUUAAAAUUGCUUUUAUUUUCACUCCACAUUUCAAGGCAUUUUUGUUAUUGAGGUUAGAAGCUGUUUUUUUAUUCUCUUCAAACUAAGGCUUUACAUUAAUGACUUAUGUCAGAAUAUAAAUCCAACAACUUGUUUAAAAAAACAAAAUAAAAAUCACUGAUCACUGUU